UUUGCUGCUCAAUGGCAUCUACGAAAACACACGUCCGCCUUGCCACCGAGGGAGAUGUCGCAGAAAUGGCAUUGAUAGCCAGGCGAGCCUUUAUGACUGAUCCGGAGUUCAAUUACUUUGGUGGUCUACGAGAACCGCCUUUCGAUCCUGCGGGCAGGCGCUGUCAUCAUCUCGAGGAAUUCUUUCGUUUUCUGAUCAAGGCCUCGUACCGACUGAACGGCCGGCUGACGGUCGUCGUUGUCUCGCAUGACGCAUCUGAAGCUAUAGCGUCAUUUACUCUGUGGCAGCCCCCCGGGAAGAGGCUGUCUUUGUUAUCUAUCUGGACCUUGCUGCGGUCUGGUGUUGUUUCCGGCAUCCGAGGAUGGGGAAUGAGUGGCGUCAAGCGCGUCGGUAUCGAGUAUGGCAACAAAUGUGAAGUAGCUCUCGAGGAAGCGUUCAAGAGCAAGGCAGGUAGAGCCUCACACAAGUCUUCUUGGUACCUUUUAUUGGCCUGCACGGACCCUCAAAUGCAAGGGAAAGGUUACAUGUCCCUGCUGAUGAAGGACAUUUUCGGAUUCACAGGCGCAGCUAGCACGUACACAUUGGAGGCGACUACUCCAAAGUCUCGCGACCAAUACGCGCACUUCGGCUUUGAGGUGGUGAAGGAGAUUGCCCUGGGAGAUGGCAAAGUCAAUAGUCGCGGGAUUCCUCCCGCUCCUGGAGAGCUUGCCUCAGGUGUCACCAUCUAUAGCAUGGUCAAGUGGGCUAACGCUGACAACAACGACAAUGAUGGAUAAACGGUUCUUGCCGUUAAAGGACGCUACACUCGCCUUCAAUACGCGCAGGACGCGAUGGCACUACGUGCUACUCAUUCAGCUCCGACAACGCAUCGUUUACAUGGAAUCCUUUCGGACGGUCAAUCUUCCGCUUCUUCACGCUCCCUUUCAGAUUUUGGUCGCGCUUCUGCAUCCAGCAUACUUGUAUAUCAAUGCAACCGGAGUCACAGUAAUAAUUCGAUCCUUAUCAUGCAUCCAUGGAUGCCUAUGAACACUCGCAAUAGAGAGAGUCCC